GGCCACCUGACUAGUCAGUAAGAGACCCACACUGAGGGACUACCUGUGUCAUACCUGGAUGACUAGACUUUUGGCAGCCAUGUUACCUGAACACUUCAUCAUGGACCAUACAUGUUUGGGAAGGUUUACAAAUCCUGUGGUGAAGCAUCGUGUAAGAUACCUGUGCAGCUGGAUUUACCUGGCGAGUGCCAGUGUGUCAGUUUUUAUCGUGCCUAAUUUGUCUGUGACCGCACGCGGCCACAGUCGUAAUGGACGGGACUGAAUCAGUGCGUUCUGGACGGAGUGAACGAUCAGAGCGAUCACAAGCCCCAUCUCACCGCAGUCAUGGCAGCCGUCACCACCACCGUCACAACAACCGCGACAGCGUAGGCCGUCACAGCACGCACAGUGGACACAGCGGGUACCGCAAUCGCAGCAUGGAUCGAGAUCGCCAUCGAGAUCGUGACCGUGACCGUGACGAUCGGUCAGUGACAAUCAAAGCGCCAGGAAACGUCUCUGGGGAUGAGAUGAUCCCCGGUACAGAAGAGGAGAGAAUUGAGGUGCAGAUCCUGCCUCAGGAUGACAACUGGGGCGACAACACCACCGCCAUCACUGGCAACACCAGCGAAACCGCGUUUUCUGUGGAGGACAUGCACAAGUUCCAAAAAGACAUGGAUGUUCGUGUGGGAUUUGAGUGCACACAGUACUUUGGUACGAUCAUGGCUGGCAUUCUCAGUAUGUUUGGAUUUGUUUCUCCCAUUAUCAUGGUAGUGUUACCUAAGCUGGGCAUAGACAACUGGUCUACGGGGGUCUGUCUCCCCGAUUGUGAAGGACUCCUCAUCAGUUUUGCUUUUAAGUUAUUGAUUUUACUUCUCGGAGCUCUGGCUUUGUUUUUCCGGCGACCGAAGUCAACAAUGCCCAGAGUGUUUGUGUUUCGAGCCUUGGUGCUCUUUCUCGUGUUUGUUCUCACAUUUGCCUUCUGGUUGUUCUAUGGUGUCCGCAUUUUUAAGGAGAAAAUGACAGACUACAAAAGUAUUGUAAUGUUUGCUGUGUCAUUGGUGGACGCACUGCUGUUCAUUCACUACCUGGCUGUCAUUUUGCUGGAGAUUCGCCAGCUUCAGCCUCAGUUCACCAUAAAGGUGGUGCGUUCUCCAGACGGAGAGAGUAGGAACUAUAACCUGGGUGUGUUGAGCAUCCAGCGAGCAGCCGUCUGGGUCCUAGAGCAAUACUACCGGGACUUCCAUGUCUAUAACCAAUACCUGGAUAACUUACCCCGCAGCCGCUCCUCCAAGAUGACUGGAUUUAAGUUUUACAAUGUGGAUGGGGUGAACCCGCCUGCCCCAGGGGAGCCACCCCAGGGGCGAUCGCGGGCUGUCUUUGCAGCAGCUGCACGUAGACGAGAUGCUAGUCACAAUGAUAGGUUUUACGAAGAGCAGGAGUAUGAGAGGAGGGUACGGAAACGGAAAGCACGUCUCAUCGUAGCUUCAGAUGAGGCCUUCACUCACAUCAAACGAAUGCAAGAAGAGCAAGGGCCAGCCAUCCCCAUGGACCCAACAGAAGCUGCCCAAGCAGUGUUCCCUUCCAUGGCCAGGGCACUCCAGAAGUACCUGCGGAUUACAAGACAGCAGCCGCGCUACAGCAUGGAUUCUGUUUUACGCCACCUGGCCGUCUGCAUUGCGCAUGACAUGUCACCCAAGUCGUUCGUGGAGCGCUACUUGAACCAGGGUGCUGUGAUCUGGAAUGACAAGGCAUACAAACCUGUGGACAAAUGGGUACUGGUAUGUGAUCAGCUACUCACCCGUGAAAUCGAAAACGAAACUGUGUUCCAACUUCGACAGAAUGACGUUUCCUUAUUAUGUACUGUGCGAAAAAUUCCUCAUUUCAGUUUAACAGAGGAGGUGAUCGAUCCAAAGCACAACAAGUUUGUCUUAAAACUGAACUCGGAGACAUCUGUUUGAUGGGAGAAUUUGCGUAAAUAAAUCAGGAGUAGCCCUUCAUCAGGGUUACAACACGCCCAGGAUGUCGCUCAGUGAGGGAUCUUGGGAUGGGUCAUAAUAUAUCAACAUUGUACAUGUACACUGUUAUAUUCAUCAUAUUUUUCGUACAAAACACUGUCAAGAUCUGCUGAGACUGUAUAUUGUUAGCUGAUGGUUACAGUGUUGGACAGACUAUUUGCCAGUCUGGAUCUCUAUUAUGUAUAUGUUAAAAGCUGUCCACAUGCUAUAAUCACAACUCCAUUACUCUUCCCGUACAAUGGGCAUGCAUUUGAUUUGAUCCAAGAUGUUGCGUUUCUACAGUGUGCUGUUUCAUGAUGAAAGGAACCAAAUAUUUUGGGGAAUUCUGAUCAUGAUGGCUCAGACCUUCAUGUAUGUCAUCGGUAUGCAAGUAUGUCAUGGGUUCUGAGUUGUGACAACAUGCCUAAUGUGCGCAAAGGUAGCUAGUGGAGCGGUACAUGAUUCCGACCCUUCUGGACAUCUAGGGCUCUCUUUGAGGCAUUAUCCAUUGCAACAUCUACAAUGUGUAUAAAAUUCAAAUUGCAUUCUGUAAUACUUUGUGAAUUGCUGAGGGCACACACUGCAUAGUAUUACAGAUUGGAUGGCAGAUGUAAUUAUUUUUGUUACACCAUUGGUACUUCAGGAAGAUGGCAUUGCUCUUGAUGCGAGUGACUAUGUUGUGGAUUAUGUUGUAUAACUUUAACAUGGUGGACAUGUAGGAAGGCUGGUGUAUAGGUGGACUACUGAUAUUGUAACAGUAGACAAUGUCCUCCACUGAGUGGAUAAUAGAAUUUGUCAUCUGUUUUUCUCAAAAGUUACUGGUUGUUAUUGAUGUGCAACUUUGAAAGUCGAAAAGGACCCCCAUCAGUGAAUAACAUAAAACUGCAUGGUUUCUCAUUUGAAAUAAAUGGUGUUGGAGUUGCUUUCUGAAUUUGAUUCUGUGAAGACUGGCAGUGGUCAUGUCUUGUCUGACAUAAUGGUCUUAGCCUGUAGAACGCUUGUGUGGUUGUGGUACAGGAAAGUGUAAAUGACAAUGUUUGUGAGUUACGUUUAUGUAAAGUUGAUCUUAUAAUAAGUAUAUUUUUCAUUAUCAGGAAAUCGUUGUACGUGUAGUAUAAACCAUCUGUCCAGUUUGAAUCAUUUUGCUGUAUAAAGCAUUUAUGUGCCAGUGUACUUCAGUUAAGGUCAUAUCAAAUUAAGUUUUCCAAAGAGUUAGAAAAACAUCCAAACCAUAUGCUUAUAAUAAAAUGAAUAUCAAGUCAUUUGCACUUUGAAGAGACAUAAAGUAGAAAAUAUGAUUUUUUCUGUUUGAACCUUAUUAAUAUGUGUAAUUAAAAACAUGACAAAGUAGCAAAUACGUUCUUUUAAAGUAGUGUAGAAAUUUGACUGCAAUAUAAGGUUGGCCUGUCUGAAUGCCUGUUACUGUGUAGAUGAGUUGCAUGACUGACCUGAUACUCUCCUUGUGUUAUCAGUAUAGAUGUGCGUAUGUUUCAGAGGUACCUGACAGGUUUACUGCUUCUAUUUAAUUAUUGUCAUGAGAAGAAUUUGCACAAUCCCCCCUUUCAUUUUCUGAACUCAUUUUCUGAAAAUAAAUUAUUUCUGCAGAAUAUUUUUCUACAAAUUUCUUCAUUGAAUUACAAAUGUGUGUUGGACUUAUGUUAUAUUAACAGUGUUGGUUUGAUAUACAUGUAGUUUGGCCUGCUAAUUUUGAUAUGUUUGAGCAAAGGGGGAUAACAAUGCAACAAGGGAAAGAACUCAAUCAUGACUAAGUUAUUUUGGACUGAGCUCAAAGUUGAUUUCUGCCUUGGUGGUGCUACUGAUAUUCACUUUACAUGCCUUCUUUUUUUUAUUUCCGAAAUUCUUCCAAGAAAGGUUUUGUGUCAUUUUAUAACCAUAUGUCCUAUCAUAAACAUAAUUUUAGAGGCUGUAUGUGCUUAUGAUUUCAUGCAACUUAUACAUUUCUUUUGCACACAGUGGCUGCAUGAAAACAAAAACAUGUAUGUGGUUUAAUGCUAAUUAUAUUGAAGUGAAUAUUUUUGAUGACAGUUUUCUCUUGCUUAGUUGUUCAUAAGUACCAACUACACACUUGCCAGCAGAGAACACUCAAAUAUAUGCAAAUGUGCUUGUCAUUCUAUCUGGCAGAAUUUUCUCAUGUCCAGGUAUCGUGUGAUUUGUAACAUAAUUGUAUGUGAAGACUUUAUCUGAGGCCAUGUCAAAUCAACAACAUCAGCCUUUACCGCUGAUUCCCAGAUCAUCUCUAUGCAUGCAUGUUCAAUUUCUUUUUAUCUUUAUGAGUAUUUGAUGAAGUAAAUUAUCACAAUCUGUUCACUUUUUGUAUUAGUAGGGACAAAUAUGAUGGUAGCCUGGAAAGUUAGGUGUUCAGUUUGUGACACCUGUUCUUCAGGCUGGCUGGUGCGUUCUUGAUUUUGAUGGUACUCAUUAAUUGUAUUAAUAAUAUUCCGUAUUGUAUUUAACAUUUUAAAAUUUUUAUGCUUUUGUUUGUCAGUUGUUGAGGAAAUCAUGAUGUAAACACAAUGUUUGUACACUGACUCUAGGACAUGAGGUAUGUGGUCUGUAGGGUGUCAGAUAUUGCCCUGUGAGGUGCCACUCUGAGAUCAAAUGUCAGUCAUUUUGUACCAGAUGCAAAUUAAAUCAUUCU